AUGUACACUACCGCUAUCGUUCCUGAAGGGCGCAUCACUCCAAAUGAUGUCGGGAUUUGGUCAGAUGACCAUAUCGCGCCUCUCGCGUCGAUCGUUGAGUACGCGCAUUCUCAGAAUCAGAAGAUUGCCAUCCAGAUUGCCCAUGCUGGCCGCAAGGCCUCUACAAUUGCUCCGUGGAUUCCAGGGCAUAACCUCGCCGGCGAGGACGUGGGCGGUUGGCCCGAGAAUGUGUUUGCACCAUCACCUAUUCCAUUCGCCGACGAUUACGCGACCCCUAAGGAACUGACUAAGGAGGACUUGAAGGGCCUCUUGGAGUCAUAUAAGGCGGCGGCACAGAGAGCUGUGAAGGCAGGUUUCGAUGUCAUCGAAAUUCAUGGCGCACACGGGUAUCUGUUGUGUGAAUUUAUGAGCCCCACGAGUAACAAGCGUACAGACGAGUACGGUGGUAGCUUUGAGAAUCGGAUUCGAUUCCCACUGGAGGUCGUUGACGCGGUCAGGAGCGUUAUCCCGGAGUCUAUGCCGCUUUUCUUCAGAAUCUCAGGAUCCGAGCGUCUGGAAGAGUCUCUACCAGAUGUCCCUUCCUGGAGGUCCGAAGAUACCGUCCGCCUAGCCCCUAUUCUCGCGCAGCACGGCAUCGAUUUGCUCGACGUUUCUUCCGGAGGCAAUAACCUCAAACAAAAGUUCACUCAUGGACCAGCGUACCAAGCUCCCCUUGCGCAUGAUGUCAAGAAGAGUAAUCCCGGCUUAAUCGUUAGCACUGUUGGAAGCAUCACCGAUGGCCAUAUCGCGCAGGGCGUUCUUGAUCAAGGGCAGGCAGAUCUUGUGAUGGUUGGAAGACAUUUCACCAAGAACCCUGGGUUGGUGUGGUCAUUCGCGGAUGAUUUAGGUGUCGAGGUUACUCUUGCCAACCAGAUACAUUGGGGUUUCAGGGGACGGAGAAGAAAGCCCGCCGAUAACUAG